CCAUCUUCGACAAGUUUUUGAAGUCCUUAGAGAGCAGAAACUUUAUGCUAAUCUCAAGAAGUGUUCAUUCCUCACUACAAGUGUGACAUUUUUUGGAUACAUCAUCACUGCUCAAAGUAUCAGGUGGACCCCAGUAAGAUGGAUGCUAUUGUCAAUUGGCCUACAGCAACAUCCAUGCAUGAUGUUCGAAGUUUCCAUGGCUUGGCAUCUUUUUACUGGAGAUUCAUCAAGAAUUUCAAUUCUAUUGCCACCCCAAUCACUAACAGCAUUAAAGGUGACCAAUUUUCAUGGAGCGACAAAGCCCAAAAGAGUUUUGAAGAAUUGAAGAGGAAGCUCACUGAAGCCCCUGUACUUGCACUUCCCAACUUUGACUUGAUGUUUAGAGUAGAUUGUGAUGCUUCUAAUAUGAAAGUCACUAGAUUUGAAGUGAUCAAGGAGUUGUAUGAGGAUGAUCCUGAUUUUAGCAGCAUUUGGGAAGCCACUUCUAAUCAAGCCUUUCAGCAAUAUCAUCGCCAGCAAGAUUACCUCUUCAAGGAUCUUUCUCCAUUGCCCACAUCCCGAAAAUUUAGUGUAGAUGUUGAACAACGAGCCAAGAAGAUUAAGAAAAUUCAUGAAGAAGUUUGUGAGAAGCUGCAACAUCAAAUCAUUAGGUAUAAGGCUCAUCAUGACAAGCACCAAAAGAAGGUCGUGUACAAAGAAGGAGAUUGGGUUUGGAUACACCUUCAAAAGGAAAGGUUUCAUGAUCGACCUAAUGCCAAACUCUCCCCUAGAGCAGAUGGUCCUUUUCAGAUAGUGGAGAAAAUCAAUGAUAAUGCCUACAAUAUCAAACUUCCAGGUGACUAUGGAGUCUCUGCUACUUUCAAUGUUGUUGACCUAUCUCCUUACUAUGAGGAUCAUGAGCAUUGAACUCAAACUCAAGGAUGAAGUUUCUCCAACUAAGGGAGAAUGCACCAAGGGAAAGCACCAGGAAAGUGCACCAGGAUUGCAAGUCAGCGAUUUUCAAACUAUACUAUAGCAACAUUGCAGACUAUAAAUAAGCCGGUGCAAUUUUG